AUGCUAAAUAUUCCAGGUCCUUCACGGACAUUUUCUGAAUUUCCAUCAUCCCCCGUUCUCGAAAAAACUACACGUAUGGCCAUACAAAGGGACAUCACAUCAACACGUAUGACCAUUCCAAGGGACAUCACAACACAUACGGCCGUACCAAGGGACAUCACAACACCACCUACGGCCAUAAAAAGGGACAUCACAAGAACACCUAUGGCCAUACCAAGAGACAUCACAGCAAAUCCUAGCACAGAAACAGAAUCAGAACGGUACCCUCAUCAUAAGCAUUCCAGUCCUUCAGCUGGAUUUCCAUCAGCUUUCGACCUAGAACUCCCGACCUUGGCAAUAUAUUCCUAA